AUGGAAACAGUAGAGAAGACCAAUCUAACCCUGAUGGGGGACUUUAUCCUUCUGGGCCUGUCCAUCCCGGCUGAGCAGCAGCAUGGCCUGUCAGUGCUGUUCCUCUGCAUGUACGUGGUCACUGUGCUGGGGAACAUACUCAUCAUUCUGGCCAUUGCUUGUGACUCCCACCUGCACACACCCAUGUACUUCUUCCUCAGCAACCUGGCCUCUGUGGACGCCUGCUUUUCAUCUACCACCAUUCCUCAGAUGGUGGUACACACCCUGACGGGCUCUCGGACCAUCUCCUUUGCCCGCUGCCUCACCCAGCUCUUCUUCUUCAUUUCCUUCGUGAACAUGGAUAGCCUGCUGCUGUGUUUGAUGGCCUACGACAGGUAUGUGGCCAUCUGCCACCCUUUGCAUUACAGCAGUAUCAUGACUCUGCGCCUAUGCGUUCAGCUGGUGGUGGGGCUCUGGGUGCUCGCUGGCCUACAUGCCCUCCUCCAUACGGCCCUCAUGGCCCGCUUGUCCUUCUGCGCCUCCAAGGUUAUCCACCAUUUCUUCUGCGACCUCAACCCUCUGCUGCAGCUCUCCUGCUCUAACAUCUCCACCAACGUGCUGGUCAUUUUCCUAGUGGGAGGCCUGCUGGCUCUCACGCCAUUUGUCUGCAUCCUCAUCUCUUAUGGUUUCAUCUCUGCAGCUGUCCUCAGGGUCUCCUCCCGUCAGGGCAAGCAGAAAGCCUUCUCCACCUGUGGCUCCCACCUGGCAGUGGUGGCACUCUUCUAUGGCACGGCCAUUGCCGUCUACUUCAGCCCGUCAUCCUCACACACUCCUGAGAGGGACACCCUGUCAGCCAUCAUGUACACCAUGGUAACACCCCUGCUGAACCCCUUUAUCUAUAGUCUGAGAAACCGGGACAUGCAGCAAGCAUUCCGCAGCCUGCUGGGACGAGGCCAGACUCUCGGCAAUCAGCAGGAGCCCAGGGAGAGAUGA